AAGAGGAAACAUGUCACCUCACUCCAAGUACUUUGUCGUUGAAUUCGUUGGAAUAGCAAUUGCAAUAAUCUGCGUCGUGUACACAUAUUUUAAGUACGUCACCUUGAGAUACUGGAAAAGAAAAAACAUUGAAUAUGUCAAACCGGUUGUUCCAUUUGGUAACAUUUGGCCAUUACUUUCGGGCCGGUCUUCAAUCGGUGAAUUGUUUCGGGAUCUGUAUUUCAGUAAAAAGAAGAGUCCCGUAUUUGGUAUCUACUUGUUGCACAAACCUGCACUUGUAGUCAACGAUCCCAACCUCAUACGCUUCGUUCUCACAAAAGAGUUCGCGCAUUUUCAUGACCGUGGUGUCUAUUGCAACGAGAAGAUCGAUCCCUUGUCGGCGCAUUUGUUUGCCGUUCCCGGUGAAAAAUGGCGGUUUUUGAGGAGCAAGUUCUCCCCCACAUUUACUUCGAGUAAAAUGAGACAGAUGUUUUUCACGAUGGGAGAAUGCUCCGAGAAAAUGGCUGCAUAUAUCACUGACAAAGCGAAAAAUCGCGAGUUGGUCGAAAUCAAGAAUCUCGUCGCGAGGUUCUCCACUGACGUCAUAGCUUCGGUAGCCUUUGGCAUUCAAGCGAACAGCAUCGAGAAUCCUGACGCAGAGUUCCGAAAGUGGGGUCAAAAGUUCUUCCAACCAAAUCCAUUAAAGAAUCUUCUUUUACUUUUGGCUCCUACCUGGCUGGACCUGUUUAAAAUUCCAGUCAUUGAGAAGGAUAUUAGCAAAUUCUUCAUCAGUGCUUUCACUGAAACUGUGGAAUACAGGAUCGCCAACGAUGUCGUCAGGAAAGACUUUUUGGAUCUGAUAAUGCAGCUCAUGAACAAGGGUUACAUAGACAACAAUGAUGAGAAAACGCGUGCCCAACUGUCAGGGAUCGACAGGAAUAAAAUAACCAUGCUCGAAGGAGCUGCGCAGGCCUUCGUAUUCUGGUUAGCAGGGUUUGAAACCUCAUCGUCAACGGUCACUAACUGCCUCUACGAGCUGGCGCUACAUCAGGACAUGCAGGAAAAAUUAGCCGACGAAAUCAACAAGGCUCUGGCUGCCAAUGAGUUUGGGAGCAUAUCUUACGACAGUAUCAAGGAGAUGCCGUAUCUUGAUAAGGUCAUAUCCGAAACUCUAAGGAAGUACCCGGCUAUCCCGAUUCUGAACAGGGAGUGCACGGACGAAAUUGAUCUGCCUGGCACUGGUCUUCGCGUUGCUAAAGGAACCGCGAUCAUCAUCCCGGUUUAUGGAAUACACAGCGACCCCGGCGUAUUUCCAGAACCAGAAAAGUUCGACCCGGAACGAUUCACUGAGGAAAAUAUAGCCAGCAGACAUCAGUACCAUUACCUGCCGUUUGGCGAAGGGCCCAGAAACUGCAUCGGCAUGAGGUUCGGAUUGCUCCAGACGAAGGUCGCCCUCGCCAAGCUGCUUUCCAAAUAUCGUUUCAAACCGGGUCCGGGUUUGAAAGUACCAAUGGUGCUUGACAAAGGAAACAUCCCCAUUGGACCAGCGGGUGGCAUGAUUCUCCGAAUUGAAGAACGAUGA